AUGGAAGACUUUGUUAAGAAUGAAAGAGAAGAAAUAGUAGCUACAGGGAUUGAGGAAGAAUUUGGCGACCUUGAGCAGCUGUUACUUGAUAUAUAUGAAAGAGCACGUGAUGCUGCGACAGCUUUGGCAAAACAGCUUGAAGAGAAAGAGAAAGCUGCAGAUGACGAGAGACAACAGAUUGCAGAUGUGAGGACCCAAGCAAUGGAAAAUAAGGUAAACAAUCCUAUUAAACGGAAAUCAACAGUGUUAAAAAGAAUUGAUUGAAGAAGGAAGGAAUGCCAAAAAAUGAGUUGGAAGCAAAAUGCACUUGAAGCGAAACGUUUACAGGCAGAUAAAGAAAGGCAUGAUUUGUUUGCAGAUGUUGUUGCUCAACAGCAGCAGCAGCAGCAGCAGCAACAAGCUUGGCUUAUUCAACAAUAA